AUGUCUAAAGUAACAGUAAGAUUCUUCUUGAACGAACAGUUUAUUUCAUUUAUCAAACUGAAUUCACAAGACAAUUUGAAAACAGUAAGAGAGAAAUUAAGUGAAAAGAUGUCUGGUUCUCAUCAAUUCCUAACAAAAGAAGGAGAUUUAAUUGAUAUAAAUGAUGAAGAGUCAGUUACUGUAGGCAAUGUAAUUGAUUCAUCAGAAAUAAUAAAUAUCAAAGAAAAAGAAGAUAAAAAGGGAACAAGAAUAAAACAAAAGGAUAAAAAAGUUACUACUGUUCAAAUAGAUAAGAAAACAAAGUCAAAUGAUAUCAGGAAAUCAAUUCAAAGUAUUCCAGAAACUGCACAUUUCUAUACACCCGAUAAUGAAAUAAUUGAUAAAAUUGAUAAAGAUUUAGUUUUAGCAAAAAGUACAUCAAAUAAUGAUGAGGCUAUUCUUAAAAAUGAGAAAGAAAAUAUUGUAAGAAUUGGAAUAUUAUUGAACGAAAAGCCAUUAAUAAAAAAACAAUUAAAUAAAAAUUCUUAUCUUUCAGAUAUCAGAAAGAUAAUUGAAAGUCUAAAAAACAUUCCAAAAAGUUUUGUAUUUAAAGACCAAGAAGGAUUUGAAAUACCAACUGAUGAAGAACAGUCAUAUAAAUUAUCAGAUAUUCUGUAUAAUAACAAGAUCAAUAUAACAACAGAAAUGUCUGAUACUUCAUCAAAUAAUACUACAACAUCUGUUAGUUCACCAUGUAAUACUUUAGCCCCUGUUAGCUCAUUAAAUACCACCAUAGUCCCUGUUGGUUCACCGUGUAAUAUUACAGUACCUCAUACUUCUACAAGUAAUACUUUAGUCUCUGAUAGUUCACUAAAUAAUAAUAUGGUCAUAUCUUAUAUUUCAACAAAUGAUACUACCAUUGUAUCUGAACAAAAUAUUCCAAUUGAAGGAAGUAAACUAUUGAAAAAUAAAGAAGGAAAAUUGAAAAUAUAUUUAUAUCCAAAUGAACCAUUUAAUCAAAAAGAUGAGAGUGAAGCAGUUUCUAUUUUAGUUAUUGGUGAAACAGGAAGUGGUAAAACAACGAUAUUGAAUAGUUUUGUAAAUGCGGUAUGUGGAAUCAAGAUAACAGAUGAUUUUAGAUAUAUAAUUAUAAAUGAAGAUCAUUUAGAACAGAGUGGAGAUCAAUCUAAAAGUCAAACAAGUGAAGUAACAAUUUAUAAUAUUAAAAGAACAAAAAGAACACCACCAAUAAAAAUAAUAGAUACACCUGGAUUUGGAGAUACAAGAGGAGAUGAAUAUGAUGUAGAAAUUACCAGACAAAUUAAAGAAGCAUUUGAAACAAAAGUAUCAGAUUUAAAUGCUAUUUGUUUUGUUGCAAAAUCAAGUAACACAAGAUUAACAGAAAAUCAACAAUAUAUAUUUGAUAAUAUUAUUGAUUUAUUUGGGAAAGAUGUGAAAAAGAAUUUUAUUGCUAUACUUACAUUCUGUGAUGGUCAAACACCAAAAAUUCUAAGUUCAUUACAAUCAAAAGAUUGUAU